UUUAAAGAGUACGUGCUUAAAGUCAUUCUAUCCAAAAUAAGAAGUCCUUAUAUGAAUAUUUUGUGAUUAUAAGCCAUACUCUUAUGCCUACUCCAAAACAUCUUCUUCUAUCUUAAACACAAAUUCAAACUUUGGAGGGUUGAUCAAAGAAAAAAAAACAAAGAAAGAUGGAGUCACAACAUUUUGGGCAUUCACAUAAGUUGGUGUUCAAUGAAGAGCAGAGCAAUCAAACAAAAGAAGCUUAUUGCUCAAGGUGCAGGGAGGUGGUGUUCGGUCCAAGCUUUAGUUGUGUGGAAUGUAGGUUUUACCUUCACAAGAAAUGUGUUGAGGCCCCUUCGAAGAUUGAUCACCCUUUUCAUCGCGAUCACCCUCCUAUUCUUCUACCAAAGACACCGUCCAAGGGAACAGGAAUGAAGCUGGAGAAGCCACAAAAGUAAAACAUUUCAGUCAUGAUCAUGAGUUAGUAUUAAGCAAGAUGAUCAUUGAAGAUUAUAAAUGUUGUGACGGAAGCAUGUUGCCCAUCUCAACUUCAUUUUACUCUUGUUCACAAUGUGAUUUUUUUCUCCAUAAACCAUGUGUUGAAUUGCCUAGGAAGACAAAACUUUGGUUUCACUUGUGCCAGAACGUUGUCACCCUUAUUGCAAACAAC